AUGGCUCCCACAGCCUUCUCGCAAAUCGCCGGUUUUCUCGGAUUUACAUCGCUCAAUGCAACAGGUCGAGAUGCAUACAUUAUCAUAACACUGCGAUCAUUGAGGAUGUUCACGGCUGGAAUUCCCUCGCUGAUUCUUGCCCUCUUCUUCUCCUCGCUCAAAUUUCCGGAUUCAAGGAUCGGGGUCUUCAUGACAUUGACAUUGUUGGGAGAUGUCUUGUUAUCAUUAUUGCUCACUCUCGUAGCGGAUAAACUCGGAAGGAGAAGGAUUCUGUUCAUGGGUAGUGUUAUGAUGGCUUGUUCAGGCGUUGCAUUUGCUCUAUCAGAAAAUUUCUUCAUUCUUCUGGUUGCGGCAGUGUUCGGCAUCAUUUCUGUUACUGGUGCGGACUGUGGCCCAUUUAGGGCUGUCGAAGAGAGCAUGUUGAGUGGGCUGACAGAUGAGACAACAAGAAGCGACGUUCUCUCGUGGUAUGUCACAGCGACAACCAUGGCUGGAGCCAUUGGCGCGGAAGUCGCAGGAAGAACGGUGCAUGCUCUUGAGAAGAGCAGCGGUAAUGUGACCAAGGCAUACCAUGCUUUGUUUUGGGGCUAUGCAGCCUUUGGGGUGCUUGGAAGUAUUCUAUGCCUAGGUCUGAGUAGCAGAUGUGAAGCUGCUGGCGAAAAACAUGCAGAGAUGAAAGAACGAGGGCGUGGUGGUGGCGAUGGGGAAGAGGAAGAAGUACUUUUGGAAGCUAUGACACCAAGCACCACGGACGGAUUCGAUCAAGACUGCGAGAAUGUAGGAAGACCAGCAAAUAUCAGGAGCCCGCCACCGCAGAAGCAGCAAAGCUACUUCAGUCAAAUCUCGAAGAAUACACGAUCCGUCAUGUACAAGCUUUGGAUCCUCUUGGCCGUAGACAGCUUAGCAGACGGCAUGACGCCUUACUCGCUGAUGAACUACUACGUCGACCAAAAGUUCCACGUGUCCAAGUCCACACUUGGAGAUAUUACUUCAGCGUCACAGUUCCUCUGCGCUGUUGGAGCGAUCUUCGCCGGACCACUAGCCAAACGUAUCGGCUUGAUCAACACCAUGGUCUUCACGCAUCUCCCAUCCUCAAUAGCUAGCGCCUUCAUCCCACUGCCUUCAAGCGUCGGGUGGACAGUCGGUCUGCUACUUUUCCGAGCUACCCUCAAUAGCAUGGAUCAAGCUCCACGUACGGCCUUUAUCGCCGCAGUCGUGAAGCCUGAGGAGCGCACAGGAGUUAUGGGCAUCACAAGCAUGCUGCGGACUUUAGCCAUGAGCGUCGGGCCAUCGAUCACAGGAUUCCUCUCUGGCAGCGACAAUUUCUGGGUGGCCUUUCUGGCUACUGGUAUCUGCAGAAUCACCUAUGACAUUGGACUGUGGAUACUUUUCGUGAAUGUUAAGGUAGACAAGGAUGCCGGGCGGGAAGACGACGUGGAUAGUGUUGAUGAUGAUGCGUGGAAUGGAUUGCUCAGCGAUACGGAGAGUGAGAUCAGUAGUGAUGGAAGGAAGAGCAAGGAUAUUGAUCAUGGAAGCAGGGUAUAG